AUUUUUAUUAGUUUGGAUAUUUAUUUGCACUAGGCAAGCAAAAGCCAAAUGGAGAGACAAGUUUUGAUGAAUAAUGAAGGCGCCACUCUCUUUAGAACUUGUCUCAAUGGGCUUAAUGCGCUAUCGGGUGUGGGGUUGUUAUCAAUCCCUUUUGCCCUUUCAGAAGGAGGGUGGAUAAGUUUAAUUGCUCUCUUCAUUUUGGCAACCAUAUGUUACUACAUGGGCAUACUUCUCCAUCGGUGCAUGGAACUAAAACCGCAUAUAAAAACUUACCCGGACGUGGGGGCAUUGGCGUUCGGAAGCCCCGGAAGAGUAAUAGUCGCAAUAUUUGUUUAUCUAGAAUCAUAUUUGGUUGCAGUUGAGUUUUUGAUAAUGGGAGGAGAUGGAUUAGAAAGGCUAUUUCCAAAUGAAGGUUUUAGAGUAGGGGGUGUAAGAAUUGAUGGAAGGAAGAUGUAUAUGAUGGUGACUGCACUAGUAAUAUUACCAACUACAUGGCCAAGGAGUUUUGGAGCUUUGGCUUAUAUUUCAUUUGGUGGCAUUUUGGGUUCAAUUUGUUUGACUUUUUGUGUCUUGUGGGCAGCUGUAGUAGACGGUGUUGGAUUCAAACAAAAGGGUGCUGUUUUAAAAUUUCAAGGAUUACCAACUACUCUAAGCUUAUUUACCUUUUGUUAUUGUGCACAUGUUGUUUUCCCUUCUCUUCGCUCUUCUAUGAGGAAUAAAACCCAUUUCUCAAAGGUUCUAUUGGUUUCGUUCAUGUUAAGCACAAUAAAUUAUAGUUCGAUGGCCAUUUUGGGAUAUCUAAUGUAUGGAGAGAACAUUGAGUCCCAAAUAACCUUAAGUCUUCCUCAACAUAAAAUCAAUACCAAAAUAGCAAUUUUUACAAGCCUCGUCAAUCCUCUUUCAAAAUAUGGUUCUAUAAUGUAUCCAAUUGCCCAUGCCAUUGAAGAUUCAUCUCCACUUUUAGCAACUCCUGUGAUGUCAAUUACAAUUAGAACGCUACUACUUGUCACCACUCUCAUUGUGGCUAUGUCAAUUCCGUUUUUUGCAUAUGUGAUGGCAUUUAUAGGUGCAUUUGCUGGUGUUGCAACCUCCAUUAUGAUUCCAUGCAUUUGCUACCUCAAGAUUAAUCAAGAUGUACGUAAAUUUGGAUGGAAAUUAAUGUUCAUUAGUUUGAUUAUGUUGAUGGGAUCAUGUAUUGGAGUUGUGGGUACUUAUACUUCAAUAAAAGAAGUUAUAAAACGAUUACAAAAUUGAUCAUCUUGAACCAACCAACUUGGAAAGGGACAAAUGUCUUGUCUUACCUACGAAGCUAUGUUUGGUUUGUAGAGUGCAUUUUAUUGAACUACUUUUACACUUUUCUUCUUCUAUGAACAUUUUGUUGGAGAAAACAAUGUAUCAAUAAAACAAUUACUGUUCAAACAUA